CUAGGAUUUUAGUCUUCUAGCCCAAUUAAUACAUAGAUUGGUCUUAGCCUUAAGGUGAAAAUCAUAAAUGACAAAUCAAGGCAUUUGUAUGUUUCUUUUUUUGCCAUGCAAUGUAUUAUUAAGAGUUAUCUGUUUUGGAAAACACGCAUUAAGAAAUUUCUUGGCAUAAUACUUUCCCUUGUUUGUAUUUUGAGUCCGUUACAUCUCCAAGAAAUUUUUCUUUCAUUUUUUAUUUUUCAUUUUUGAAUCAGUUUUUCAAAGCAAGAAUGCACUCAGAUAGAGCCUCAAGAGAAACAUAUUCUUUAGAACAGAGCAAAUCAAUGGGAAAGAAAUUGAAAGACGAGGAGGAAAAGAAGAAGAAGACUAUCAAGGAAACAACAAAGGUACCCAACAAAACAAACGAAGUCAUCAUCACCGUCCACGUCGAACAACCAUGGCCAUGGCCUCGUAAAGAGGCUGGUGAUAUUCCUUUUAAGAAGAGUGCUAAAUCAAAGCUGAUUUUCCCCCCAAACCAACAAAAAACAAAAACAAGAGGGUAUGAUCGCCGGGCUCAGCUGCUUGCCUAUGCUCAGCAACUUAGAAAAUCCGAUUCAAAACAGCUACAAUGGCCAAAAAAUGGUUCCAAGCCAAAGCACAAGGUGAACGUUCAGGUAGGAUUCCAGAGAAUAAGAAACCGAAAGAGAUAUAAGCGAUUAGUGCCAGAGGUAGACAUAUCAUGCAAUCCAAAAUCCAUAAUUGGCAGAAAGAAGAAAGCCAACAAACAUACGGAUUCUCCCUUUGUAGGAAAGGUAAGAGGAAUUUUGAGAGGACUCUGCAAAGAUUGAAAGGGGGACUAAAAAAAGAUCGAUGGAAAAAGUUAGGUUUUUUUUGUACUCCUUUCAAUAAAAAAAACUUGCUUAGAUUAAUAUGCCAUGUGUUUGGGAACUGGUCUAAUGCACUGGACCCACUUUUUUCUACUGUUUUUGUUUCUGAGGAGAGUUUGAGAUCCAAUAUUCAUCUCAUUUAUUUGUUAUGCCGAAUCAAAUGUACGUACUAGUCUCUGCAGU